CUCCGAACGCACGCGUCGUUUGCGACUCAAUGAAGCUGGCCCGCCUUCGCGGGCCGCACCGGCGCAUUAGCAGCGGCGCGGGCCUGCCGUAUCGGAUACGCGUGCCACUGGCGAAGCUGCAGGAGCGCAAGAACCUGCCGCGCGAGGAGACGCGUGCGCCGGCGCUCGGAGAUGGCGAGCAGUUGGAGUCGAUGGACUCGGCUCCCGACUACGUGCGGCUGGCACUGACGUCGCGGGUGUACGACCUCGUCACCGCUUCGCCGCUGCAGUAUGCUCCCGGCCUCUCUCACCGCCUCGGCGCUUGCGUGCACUUCAAGCGCGAGGACCUGCUGCCGUCCUUCUCAUACAAGAUCCGCGGCGCCUUCAACCUUCUCGACUCCGUGCGUCGCGAGGGCGCGACCAGCGUUGUCACCUACUCCGUCGGCGGACAGGGCCACUCCCUUGCCGUCGCCGCCUCUGCGCUGGGCACCGCUCGCCUAGAUGCGGCCGAGAGGGCCAUGCUCGGCAUGCAGGCAACCAUCGUGCUGCCCGAGCGGACGCCGCGCCAGCGGCGCUCGCAGAUCGAGCGCGCGGGCGCGAACGUGGUGAUACACGGCUCCGGUCUCGAGGAUGCGAAGCGCGAGGCGCAGCGGCUCGCGCGCGAGGACGGGGGCGCCGUCUUCUGCCACUUGCACGACGACGUGCGGGUCAUCUCCGGCAACGCGACCUGCGGCCUCGAGAUCGUCCGGCAGCACUCUGCGGCCCUCGACCCGCUCAUGCAGCAGAAGCGCGCCCUAAGCCGCACCGGCCGCUUCUCAAACGGAAUCGCGCCGCACGCGAUGCGCGGCGCGGCGGAGGCGGUCGCCCGGGCAAACGGCCACCUGCCGCCCGGCACUGGCCAGUCGCUCGACGCACUCUUCGCAAUCUUCGUCUGCACGGGCGGGGGCUCUCUGAUCGCCGGCGUCGCGGCCAUCGUCAAGCAGCUCAUGCCCGGCACCAAGGUCAUCGGAGUCGAGCCGGAGGAGAACAACUUGAUGCAGCGCUCGCUGCUCGCCGGGCACCGGCCGAAGCUGUCCGAGCCGUCCCACUUCGUGGACGGCGCGGCGGUGCAGCAGCUCGGCUCGGAGGUCUUCCGGCUGUGCGACUCGCUCGUCGACGACGUGGUGACCGUCUCGACAGACGAGAUCUGCGCCGCCGUCCGCGACUGCUUCGAGGACACACGCGCGAUGCUCGAGCCGGCCGGCGCCAUCUCCGUCGCAGGCCUGAAGCGCUGGCUCGCGACGCGGCCCGCCGCGGCAGGCGGCGCCUCGCGCGGCAACUACGUCGUCAUCUCUAGCGACGCGAGCUGUAUCGAGUUCGACAUCCUGCGCUUCAUCUCGGAGCGAGCCUCGUACGGCGAGCAGACGGAGCGGCUGUACGCGCUCAAGAUGCCCGACCGCAGCGGCAUGUUCUACGAGGUGUACAAGGCGGUGCAGCCUCGCUGGGUGACCGAGUUCAUCUUCCGGCACGAGCCGUCGAAGGACGCCGUCGUGUACAUGUCGCUCGAGCGGCCGACCACGCAGGAGUCUGCCGAGGAGGACUCGCGCGCUCUCCUCGACGACUUGCGCAAGAUUGAGGUGCACGGCUCCGACGUGACGGCCAACGAGAUGGCGAAGACGCACGCGCGCUACCUGGCCGGCGCGCGGCCCGGUGAGUUGACUGGCGAGCGGCUGAUCCGCUUCGAGUUCCCGGAGCACUCGGGCUCACUCGCCGCCUUCCUGUCGGCGCUCACGCCCGACAUGUUCCUCACGCUGCUGCACUACCGCAACCACGGCGGGCAGGUCGGGAAGGUGCUCGCCGGCGUCAAGAUGCCCGCUAACAAGCACGGCGACUUUGACGCCAUGCUCGACGGACUCGGCGUCACCUACUUUGACGAGACGGAGAACGAGGUCUUCAAGGAGUACAUGGCCUGAGAGUACUUGGGGGCGGAGCAGAUGACACGCACAGCGGCUCGCGCGCCUCCGGCUGCUUGCCCGCCCGUUGCGGGAUAGCCGCGCGGGUCGCGCUGACCACACGAAGUAAGGCGCCGCAUUUCACGGACGCCAGGUAACUUAUACGCGUCGGCUGCCGCAGUACACGUGUGGCGCGCACACGCGGAGCACGUUCGCGCGCAUUCCGAGAGCGCGAGAUACGUGGCGAUAUGCACACACACAUGACUCAUGAGAUCUACUUGCAUAUCGCCACGUAACUCGUAAGUACUACGGCUCUAUUUUC